AUGAGUCGCUUCGUCCGACCGUCCAAGUACCGCCACGUCUACCCGAACGUGGGCAAGAAGGAGGCGUGCUACGAAAACGUCAAGGUCUCCAACAAUGCGUGGGACACCAACCUGAUCGCCGCCAACGGCAAGUACAUCUCGAUCAACUGGAAUGCGUCGGGCGGUGGUGCCUUCGCCGUGAUCCCCGUGAGCCGCUCGGGCAAGCUGCCGGACAUCUACCCGCUCUGCCGCGGCCACACCGCCACCGUGCUCGACACGGCCUUCAGUCCGUUUGAGGACAACUUUGUCGCCUCCGCCUCCGACGACGGCACCAUCGGGCUCUGGAAGGUGGACGACGCCGCGUUCGAGCAGCUCGACUGGUCCGACAAGGAGCGCGAGCGCAACGGCGGCGUCACGGACUUUGAGCCCCUCGCGCGCGUCUCGGCGGGCGGCCGCAAGGUGGGCCAGGUGGUGUGGCAUCCCACCGCCUCCAACGUGCUGGCGGCAGCGACGGGCGACCACGUGGUGAAGCUGUUUGACGUCUCGCACGCCUCCACCGCCGCCUCUUCGCCCAGCAUCAGCCUGCGCGGCUUUAGCGACACGAUCCAGUCGCUCGACUGGGACUACACCGGCACCACGCUCAUCGCCACCUCGCGCGACCGCAAGAUCCGCACAUUCGACCCGCGACAGGGCGAGAACCCGGUGCAGGUGGCCGACUCGCACGGCGGCAUCAAGGGCGCGCGCGUGGUGUGGUGCGGCGACAAGCAGCGCGCCAUCACCACCGGCUUUUCCAAGAUGUCCGACCGUCAGAUGUUCCUGUGGGACACGGCGAACCUCGCCGCCGGCCCGCUCAAGCAGGUGACGCUCGACUCGAGCAGCGGCAUCAUCAUGCCCUUCUGGAGCGACAACAACAUUGUCUUCCUCGCCGGCAAGGGCGACGGCAACAUCCGCUACUACGAGCUCGAGAACGACGAGCUGCACUACCUCACCGAGUCCAAGUCGAGCGAGCCGCAGCGCGGGCUGACGUUUGUGUCGCGCCGCUUCCUCAACACGGACGAAAACGAGAUUGCCAAGGCGUACAAGAUUACGGGUACCACCAUCCAGCCGGUGUCGUUCUGCGUGCCGCGCAAGGCCGAGUCGUUCCAGUCGGACAUCUUCCCGCCUGCACCCAGCGCCGUCGCUGCGCUGUCGGCCAAGGACUUUUUCGAGGGCAAGCGCGCCCCGCCCAACCUUAUCAGUCUGGAAACGGGCAAGGGUGUAAGCAGUGGCGCGAACGUUCCUGCUCCGACGCCCGCGGCUUCUGCUCCAGCACCAACACCCGCCGCUGCGCCAGUCUCCUCGCCAGCGCGUGCUGCUUCACCCGUCAAGGCGACGCCCGUUCGUGCCGCCUCACCUGUCAAGUCGGCGCCUGCACCUGCACCCGCUGCUGCGCCGGUGGAGGCCAAGAGCUUUGGCGCGGUGAAGCACGACUCCAUCCCUCCCGCUGCAGCAGCUGGCGGUGCGAAUGGCAGUGGCGCUUCGGGCGAGGUGGAGCGACUGUCGUCGCUGGUGGCGCAGCUGCGCACGCAGGUGGAGCAGCGCGAUACGCGCAUCCGCCAUCUCGAGGCGGAAAACGAGACGCUCAAGACCAACCAGGCGCGCGCGCGCGAGGCUCUGCUCAACUCGCUCUAG